CUUUUGAGCCUCGUGAAAAUCUAUUUAUUGUAGAUAUUUCCCUAAAAAGUACCGUAAAAAAUUUAAGUUGUUUUUUUAUUUAAUUUUUUAAUUUUCAAAAUUUUUUGGGGCUUUGUAAAAUUAAAUCAUGACCAGAAGCGGCACUAAGAAGCGGGUGGAUGCCCCUGCCACCCCAUCGCGAAGGUCGAGCAAGAGGAUCCAAGGCAGGAAGCCAGGGCAAGUCCUCAGUUCAAGCCUCCUGCGACGCAUUUGUCGCAUGCCGCCCGAAGGAAAAAGGGCCUAUACGAAGGCGAAGGUCUGGUACCUCAAUCCUCAGUUCAGGAAAGACCACGAGGCUGGCUCUAGAUCCGUUUGCAACGUGUGCCGCGAGGUGCAUCCGCCCCGAGGGUCCGACGAGCAGGCUCCGGUGAAAGUUCAGCAGGAAGUCCAAACAGAGAAAGUCUGCAGUUCCAGUUCCAGUUGCGGUUCCAGUGGUGAUCAGACCAGCAAGGAUGAAGCCCAUUGACGGUCUCUUCUGCCAGUCUAUAGACAAUCUCUACUCGUGAGAUCUGUUCAAUAAACAGCGUGUUUUAGGGCGUGGCCUUUCGACGGUUCAUCCUCUCGGGGGCGGGCAGGAAGCCCACUGUUUUUCCGCUCUUCCAUUCACUUGGUGUCACGUAGACUCUUGGUUUGCUUUGACUGAGGGCCUUUCCAGCAAUCACCGAAUAAAAAGCCUUUGGACAGUGGC